AGUUUCAAAUGGUACAUAGGCUAAGUGCAAAAGGGGUCCGCUAGCGUGACGUCAUUCUUCAGCCACUGGCUGGCAUGGCGUCUGGCGUGAUAAUGUUCACAAACGACGCGGAGCAUCAGCUGAGCGACCGUGAAUAUGCACAUUACCGACUAUCUCUGAUUAAAGCAUUAAGCCAAUGAUAUUGCAUAGUUACGAGUUUGUUAUAAGCUUGUUACCAAUUAAUCUUCCCUCGGUUGAGUAUCACGACUGGCACCACCCUUUUGAACCAACAUGCAGGUUACAAUCGCACCAGCCAGCAACAAAACUAGCACAGCAGCAAUUCGCUCGCUGCUGUCGCAAAACAAUCAAGUACAAGUCAAAGGCUUGUACCGUGAUCCGAAGAAAGUCCCUGAUGAGUUCAGAUCUGCCAAUAACUUCUCGGCGGUUCAAGGUGAUGUUGGAGACGUGAAUACCCUAGACUUCUCCGGCUCUAAUGCUGUUUUGAUGGUCCUUCCGCCUGCCUACGACGGUCGCGAUAUCGUUGAACAUGCGCAAAGAAUCUCAAAUAAUGUAAAAACAGCGAUUGAAAAAGCUGGUGGUGUGAAGAGACUUGUUUUGCUAUCGAGUGUUGGAGCUGAAUUCUCGGAGGGCGUGGGCGAGCUCAAGACAAAUCACAUUUCCGAACAAGUCUUAAAGUCAACGGAUAUCCCUGAGAUAAUCAUCAUCAGAUGCUCUUACUUCAUGGAAAACUGGACCAUGUCCGUUGAAACACUCAAAGGCCCAAGCCCCUUCUUCUUCUCCACCAUCACGCCACUAGACUUCAAGAUCGCCAUGGUCGCUAUCAAAGACAUCGGCGAAGCAAUGGCGACACAACUCACUCGCGAUUGGGCACCUCCAACCAAGCCGCAUAUCAUGGAACUUCACGGGCCAGAGCCAUAUUCUCCACUAGACGCACAAAAGGCAUUUUCAGAGGCGCUUGGUAAGGAUGUCGAGGUCAAGGCUGUUGAGAAAGAGGACCUUGCGGAAUUUUAUGGCAAGAUAUUUGCGCCGCAGAUUGUGAAUGAGUGGGUUGAAAUGAGUACAUGCUUUUUGCCAGGUGGCAUUGCUGAGAAAGAUCUAUCGAAACCCAGCGAUGUGGAUGUUAUUCAUGGGAAGACAACUUUGAAUGAGGCUUUGAAAGAAGCGACAGCCGAUUUGAGGAACUAGGAUAAGUUGUUUGGCUACAAUUCAACAUAACUCAAGGUCAAGACUGUACACAAGAUGACUAAAAAGAAACACUAGGCAUUUAACUCAAAAGCAUGCUAUGCUACGUGAUUCUAUGCAAACAACCCCCCAAACUGCCAACCACUAUCCUUACUCCUUCACAAUAACCGGCUUAGUAUGCCACUUCAACUCUCCCUCUUUAAAAUUCGGCUCCGGCAAAAAGUUCAACGUAACAGCCUUUUGAACCGUCGGAGAACACAUAAGCUUCGCCAAGAUAGUGUCACCGUUGAUAUAUG